AUGAGUUCGCAAUUUGAGCCUUCAACAAAAGAAUCUUCGAUUACAAGUAACGGCGAUCUUUACGAACCAGAAAGCGAAUCUCCCUCGGAAGAAUACUCAUCACUGAGGUCCAGCACAGACUCAGAUAAUGUUAAUAAAAAUACAAAAAGAACGAAGGUCAAAAGAAUCGAACAAGUGGACCCCCUUAAAAUGGAUUUUACAGUAAAGGAGGUAGAAGAGCUUGCCGAGGUGAUUGAAGAAGAAAAGCCGGUCGUUCAAAAUGAAACAUAUGAAAUAAACUACGAACAAGACCUUCUAUUCAAAACGUUACAUAUAUUGAAGAGUAACCCUCAAACAGAAAGGUCAUAUAAAUCACUAAUAAAGGAUGUUAAUGAACAUCCUGAAUUAUUACCAAAACGAUAUAAUUACGACGGUGGAUGGGUUUUACAAUCAGGAGACGAAAUGAUGACACUUACAGAAUGUUCACGGUCCUAUAUGGCCGAUCUGAUACCGCCUGGUGUUAGAAACAGCAACUCAAUAUACGACGACUGUUCACUUGCACCAAGAAGGAAUGUGACCAGUCAUGACAAGCCAGUUCUCACAACGAUAGUACAAGAGAUAUGUGGUCACAAAAAGAGAUCACUCGACAUCGUUUAUAAAAACUUUAGGAAAUUAAUAACACUUGAAGGUUGUCAUACAAGCUCGACGUACAGCGUUCUCUUUGACCAUUCAGGAGAACGGAUUUUUACUGCAAAUGAAGAUAAUAAGAUAAAGGAUUCCGUUCCCACAUCAAUAUUAUUUUCGCCGACCCCAAUAGCCGAAAACAAGUACAUAAUUGCAACCUGUAAAUCAGCGAAUUUAUAUGUCGCUAAACAUGAAAGAGACCCAAUUAAAUUUCACAACGCGAUAACAAUUAAAGAUAAACAAUUAAUCGCCAAAAGAAGGACGAAACUCAUAAGUUCGUCUUUUAACUACACUGGUACAAAGUUCGCUAUUGGGGGAAAUGAUGGAGUGAUUCGUAUUUUUACAACAAUGGGAGACGAAACCCACUUCGGAGGAUCAACUGAUGAAGAUUAUCUUGCGUCAUAUACUGAGGAUAAGGUAUUACAGCAGCAGAUCAGAGAUGAACUUUAUAAAUUCGAUUUGACAGAAUAUCUCAAAGCGUAUAAAGAUCCUAUCCCAAAAUCAAAACCGAAGCGUAAAAACAUAAAAUCCAAGAGGAAUAAAAGUAACGCAGACUUAUCUAGUAUAUCUAGUGAUAAUGGUUUGGAGACUUUAAACGCCCCAGUACAACAAGAAAAAGUUCAUCUCUCACGAUCGAUGAAAUCUCGAUUAUGUCGUUUAUUCCGGAGCCAACGCAAAGAGGGUGAAAACUAUGACAGCGACUUCGAGUUUGAUAAAAAUCAUGAUGCCACGAAAAGAGAAACGGCUUUGACCAAAAUGGACGAUGAUGACUACAUGGAUGUUGAUGCCGAUUGCCCUAAUCCGAAUAUUCCCCAUAGGAAAUCUGAUUAUCUAAUUGAACUGGGUGAUGAUGAAGAUAUUCCAAAUCCAUUCGAUCCUAGGGAUUGGCUUGGUGAUGGUGAAGAUAAUAACCAAGCUUCAUUUGAUUCUAGGGACUGGAUCGGUAAUGGUGAAUGUAAUGACAAACAAGUUGACAUGAACAUUGAUCAAGACAUUACGAAGCCAUUAGACAAUUAUUAUAUGAAUGUUGAUCAAGAAAGCUCUGAUCUAGGAGAUCCUCAAGAAAUUAGAGGUUUUUAUGAAUUUGGGGAGAACAUUGAUGUCACCAAACAGACAGAGAUCAAUUUCGGUCUUGCACCUAGUUGUGAAAAUUAUCCCUCCGAUUUAGAAGAUGGAAGUGUCACUCAUAAUAACAAUUUAAACCAUAAUUACAGUUCGAAUAAUAAAAACCGAACUACACCAGACACUGGCCAAAUCGCUUUGGAAAAUGAAAUUUUAAAACUUACAGAAGAAGGAGAGACGGACUAUGAUUCAUGUUCACCGACAGAAAUUAUAAUUGAUAAAGGGGAAAAAAGAACCUCUAACAGAAAGGAAGUAAAUGGAUUAAAGUCAACUAUCCUAGACAUAGCAAAACAACGAUUCUUUCUUCCUAUUCAUAUAGCAGAUUUGGCAGGUCAUAAUAACAAAGUUCAUUCUCUCGAAUUCGCACACAAUGGUGAUCGACUUAUCUCAGGGUCAGAUGAUGGUAAAGUGAUAUUAUGGGAAUAUGAAAUUAAUGAAAAGACUUGGAUAUCAAAGGUGCUUAUAAACGGUGAAGCUCUCACAACCAUCAAGUGGAGUUGCGAUGACAAUUAUGUUAUUUCUGGUCAUGCCAAUGGAGAAAUUUAUGUAUUUGAAAGUGCCUCUGGAGAGAUAGUUCGACAUUAUAAAGCUCACAAUGGCAAAUUUUAUGUCUUGGAGGCCCAUCCUUGUGAUUCAAGGCUUUUUAUGUCUGCUGGAUAUGACGAUCGCAUCGUAUUGUGGGAUGUCGGCAAUAAAAUAGAGUUAAAGUCGUGGAAUCAUACCGACUUAAAUAUAGAGAGUGAUAAUGCUCUUUACAAUAAUGAUGGUGGAAAUAUGGUAUUUGAGUAUUAUGACGGAAAAUGGCGUAAUAAUGGUUCAAUGUUCGCUGUAACUGAUAAUGGUGGAAAAUGUCAUUUGAUUGGUGUUCAAACGGAGACGUAUAGUCGUCAGAAAAUACGUGAGAAAUAUGGCCAGAAGUUUGCGACAGAGGACCAAAAUGCCGAAGUAGGUAUUAUAACUUCCGACAGUAAUCCAGGAGUAAUGAUAUAUAACGAUGCGUGGGUUCUUGGAAACUGUUCCUCCAAUCAAAGAGAAGUAAUAAGUUGGGCAGGCAGUACAUACAGUUAUCAACUUGACGAAAAUUUUGUUGAAAAAAUUUCAAAUCCUUUGCCCUCAGAAAAAAUUCGAUCAAUGGAUCGAAGACGAUUAAAUGUAAUGAUUGAAGAAGCGACUAAGCUAAAAGAGGGAAAAAUUAUUCGAAACCGCGUGGAGGACCUUAAAGAAAUACGCAAGCUUCAACGCAAGCUCGUAUUAUCCGAAGAGGAGGAUGAAGACGAAAUUGAUCCCUUAACCACCGAAAUACCUAUAAUACCAGAUGAUGAAGAGAGGGAUCAAAAUUAUGAUCCUGCUUUUUCAUCAUCAGAUGAAGAUAGUAGUGGUCGUAGUGAGGUUGAAUCAAAUUCCGAAGUAGAUUCUAUAAUAGAGGAUCUUGAGAAUAAAAACGCAGUGAUUGUUGAUGAUAGUAGUAGCGAAUAUGCACCGACCCUCCGAGUGAAAGUUCGAAAUAAAAGAAAAAUUCCCGAAGAAUCUACCCCAGAACCAUCUAUUCAUGAUGAUGAAGAAUCUGCGCCGUUCGAGGAACUAAAUAAUUCCCAUAAAUCCGAUGUUUCUAGUCAUUAUAGUGGUAGUAUUAAAGGCCGACCUGACCGAAAAGCAAAAAGAAAACGACCUAACUACAACGAAGAGGAUAUGUUUUCUGGAAUAAUAACACCACUUGAUAACAAUUCAGAAGAAAAUAGAAAUUCACAUAUUUCUACAUACGAGAUAUCUGGUAGCAAUAAUACGCAAUCUACUUCAUUGGGUGCCAAUACACGUGAUACACGUGGAAGAAGAGCUCGCAGAAAUAAGAUAAAUAAGAAUAUCGAAAUUCAUGAGGAUAAUAUAGAAAUUGAUUUAGAUAACCGAGAUUAUAAUAGUGAAGAAAUAAGAGAAGCAGACACACGCCCUGAAUGGAUAAAAAGUGUGAAUCCAAAUUUUACCUAUAUUCCUCAGCCCGGGGAUUUCUUUGUUUACUUCAAGAGAGGACAUAAAGCCUUUAAUACCUAUAUAUCAAAUAAUUAUGAAAAUACUGAAUUGCUAUCGGAUGUUGUGGGACAUUUGGGAGACUUUCCAUAUUGUAAAAAAUUUGAUCUUUCAAACGUCGCAUUUUUCCAAAUUGAUGUAGUUAGGUGGUAUGAAAACAAACGCUCAAAAGUUAGUAAGAAUGAAUACAAUGAGGCAAUAAAAAGGGUCGAAGCAAAGAAAAAGAUCUCAGUUUCAAUUGUCAAUGAUUACCCAGAUGCGGUUUUAGAUGAAAUAAAUGGUAAAGAAAAAAUACCAUUGUAUUGUAUUAUUCAGGCUAGAGUUGUUGAACCAAAAUGGAGAGGAUCGAGAUAUCCGCCAUCACCAGAUUUCCGAAGACGUCCAUCAAAAUUCCUGAUUCCAUACGUUGAUUUAAAAGGCCUGAGGGAAUUUAUUGUUCCUUAUGAAAAGUUUGCAUCGGGAGUAAACCAAAACUUACAAGUUGGAGAUAAAAUUCAAGCAUACUAUAUGAAUGGAUUUUAUCCGGGGAAAAUAGCAUCACGAAAUGAUGGAGCACUUUGGUCAAUACCAUCAUUUAAUAUACAAUGGGAGAAUUCUGAUGGAGAGGAUGAAUUUUAUCCAUGGGAGUUGAAAAGAGAGAAUGCGGAGGACCUUCCUACAUCAUCAAUGCCUGAAGAAACUCGUCAAAAAUUAUUCGAAAUAAUUAAUGAAUUACAUAGUAAUGAACAUUAUGAGGUAUUUGCGGAGGAUGUUGAAUUCCAUAAAGUUCCAGAUUAUUUAAACCGGAUCCAAUAUCCAGUUAGUUUAGGGAUGAUUAAGUCCCGACUUACUAACAAAUUCUAUCGUCAUCCUAGAGGUGUAGAACAUGACAUGGAGAUUAUAAUUUCAAAUGCUAAAACAUUUAAUGAACCAGGGACAUUCAUCCCUCUAACUGCCGAUAAAUUGGAUUUCGCAUUUAGAAGUGGGUGCGCCGAACAAAGAAUCAAAUUUGAAUAA